CUGAAAGUCCGCGCGGGACCUUCUUAACUGACGAAACUAAAACGGCAUAUCGUGUGUGCGAAAACGAACACGUGCUGGGACAAGACAACUGUAAUAACGACAUCACUCACUUUCUAACCGCUCCCUCUCAUCGUCGUCUUCCCCAGUUUCGACGUCCCCCUGCUAAAACCCCUAAAUCCCUAAAUUCAAAACCCUAACUCACUGAAUUCAGAAAUUAGAUAACUCAAAUAAACUCCAUGGACACUCACUCUCACUCUCACCUAAACGUAACUAACCGCUCUCGUAGCUCUCAGUCUCCAUCUCCGUCUCACUCAGCUUCCGCCUCCGCCACUUCCUCAAUUCACAAACGCAAGCUAGCAGCCGCCGCCUCAGCCGCAUCUGAAGACCAUGCUCCACCAUUUCCUCCUUCAUCUUUCUCCGCCGACACACGCGACGGCGCACUCACUUCCAACGACGAUCUAGAGAGCAUUUCAGCUCGCGGCGCUGAUUCCGACUCCGACGCCGACGAUUCAGACGCCGUCGUUGAUGAUGACGAGGAUGAGUUUGACAACGACUCCUCCAUGCGCACGUUCAAUGCCGCGCGUCUCGAGACCAAUGCCGGAGCCUCCGCUCCCGGCGGUGGUUCCGGUGGUGGCGGGUCGUCGGCUCGGAAUACAAAGAUAAAGACGGAGAAUUCGACGGUUAAGAUUGAAAAGUUAGAUGGCGGGAAAGAUGGUGGGACCGGUGCAAUGGGGUCCAUCACGGCUGGUAGCUCGAUAUUGGCGAAGGAAGACGCUGUUAAGAUAUUUACUGAGAAUUUGCAAACCAGUGGCGCAUAUAGUGCUAGAGAAGAAAGUUUAAAGAGAGAGGAAGAAGCAGGAAGACUCAAGUUUGUAUGUCUUUCAAAUGAUGGUAUUGAUGCCCACAUGGUCUGGUUGAUAGGAUUGAAGAACAUAUUUGCCAGGCAAUUGCCUAACAUGCCUAAGGAGUACAUUGUCCGUCUUGUCAUGGAUCGAAGCCACAAAUCCGUCAUGGUCAUCAGACGUAAUCACGUUGUUGGUGGCAUCACAUAUCGUCCAUAUGUCAGCCAAAAGUUUGGGGAGAUAGCUUUUUGUGCAAUCACAGCAGAUGAACAAGUAAAAGGGUAUGGAACAAGAUUGAUGAAUCAUUUGAAGCAGCACGCACGCGACGUUGAUGGGCUGACACAUUUUCUGACAUAUGCCGACAAUAAUGCUGUUGGUUAUUUCAUUAAACAGGGUUUUACCAAAGAGAUUUACUUGGAGAAGGAUCGAUGGCAAGGGUACAUUAAAGACUAUGAUGGAGGUAUCCUUAUGGAGUGCAAAAUUGAUCCAAAACUUCCAUACACUGAUUUGUCAACAAUGAUUCGUCGUCAAAGACAGGCAAUUGAUGAAAAGAUAAGAGAGCUAUCCAAUUGUCACAUUGUUUAUCAAGGGAUUGACUUUCAGAAGAAAGAAGCUGGCAUUCCUAAAAAGAUUGUCAAGGUUGAAGAUAUUCCUGGCUUGAGGGAGGCUGGAUGGACUCCUGAUCAGUGGGGCCAUUCGCGUUUUAAUACAUUUAAUACUUCUACAGACACUGCCACAAAUCAGAAGCAUUGGACUGCAUUCAUGCGCUCACUUUUAAAGUCAAUGCAUGACCAUGUUGAUGCUUGGCCAUUUAAGGAGCCAGUUGAUGGUCGUGAUGUCCCUGAUUAUUAUGACAUUAUCAAAGACCCCAUAGACCUGAAGACAAUGUCAAAAAGGAUAGAGUCAGAGCAAUACUACGUAACAUUUGACAUGUUUGUGGCGGAUGUUAAGAGGAUGUUUGCCAAUGCACGCACAUAUAACUCACCUGAUACAAUCUACUAUAAAUGUGCAACCAGGUUGGAAGCCCAUUUUGAAAGCAAAGUUCAAUCAGGUUUCCAGUCUGCUAAAAUUCAGCAGUAAUGAAAUCAAUGAAUGUACAUACAAUAAUGCUAGUAUUCACUAGUUUGGAUUUAGUAGCAUCUGUACCUGAUUAUUUGUGUAUCCUUAUAUAAUGCACAUCUGGGUGCGGAUCAUGCUAUUAUUUUUCCUUCUUUCUUCUUUUCCUGAAUCAUCCAUACUGUACAUGCAUUUGUCAAUUAAGAUCUUGCUGGAGUUGCUUGGUUAUGAUUUGCCAGGUUCUCUCUGGUGUUCCAUCCCCCCGGUAUUCCAAAGAAAUAAUAGAUACUGUCCGUGUAUUAGCCUUUUUGCUAGUAA